ACGAGUACUGUGCAUAUGCAAUGUACGGCAAAGAUAAUAGCUGUACCCCUGUCAUUGUACUGGCUGAGUGUCCUCCUUUAGAGGAACUGAUAGCAAUCACUGUAUGUAUAACGAGAAACCUUCAAACUUCAUCGUCUCUUCAACCUCACAUCAUAAGAUGCAGAGAGCUAAUAUUCACAGAACCAGAUAUUAUUGCAACGCCAUCUUUUAAUUCGGAUAAUGUUUUUCACCUUGUAUUGAAGAGAGCUUUGUUUAACACCGGGAAACUACAGACAAGGUUUUCCAAAAUUGGCUUACAGUCCAGUGACCCUCAGGCUGUGACAUCAGCCCUGUUUCAGUCAUGCCUACACUACACAUUGUUGGCUAGGAUCGCCCCCUCCUGGAACAAAGCAGGACAAUGGCUUAUUCAGGGUCGAGAUUUUCUAUCACACCAAGGUUACCUUAACGCCGUUAAGAUAGACUUGGUGGUCACCCAUACACAACUCCACAUGUCCCUCACAGCAUCCACCAUCAGGUUUCCAGUUCUACAGCUGUGUGACAUUGAGGUUCUUCCAGCUAGCCAACGGAAGUUCAUGGAAGAUCAGAACUUUGUCAUAUCGGGAGAAUCCAUCGGUUCAACAUGGUGUCAUGUAUUGCCCAGCAUGAAGAAAGGUGAAAUAAUUAAUGUAAGUCGACAAUUGCCGACAGAUGGCCCAUUCAGGACAUACAAAGACAUCAAACGGCACUGGAAAAAUUCGUACGGUUAUCGACUUCCUGAGGAUGAUGUAAUAUACUAUCAAAUCCAUUUUAAACCCCUGGGGGACCGAGUGUUUACUUACCCUAAUGUGUGCCUGAGGGCUCGGGACAUUCACUGUCUCCCCAGGGUGGACCCCAGACCAAUUCUUGUGGCUUUUAUGCAGGACCUGAAAAACAAAAUGCCCACAGUGUGUGGCUAUCGACUACAGCUUCAGACAAAAGCCAACUAUCUAACAAUGGAUCUCUGCUCAGCUAAUCAGAAGGAGCACGGGAAGACUUGUAACACCAAUCUUGGUCCUACAAAACAGACUCCUGGAAAAGUCAUCUACAGAAACUUCUCCGUCUUGUCUCAAAAGUCAUUUAGUGGUGACCUCUCAUCUCAGUUUUCGUCGAUGUCAUCUGUACAUUCCACAAUGUCAUCGAAUAAAUCCCACUUUAGAAGUAAUUCACAAGCGGAGAACGUCAUGCAAGGUGAAAGCACAGGCGUACAAAAGACUAAUCUUGAUGGAAGUAUUCACACAGGCGUACAAAAGACAGAUCUUGAUGGAAGUAUUCAAGAUGAAUUUACAAAAAUCCCAGAGAAUCGAAGUCAAACUGUUCUUUGCUCAGGUGUGAGAUUUGGAACACAAAAGAAACCUAGGAAUGAAGGUUUCAAUUCCUUGGGAAGUAGGGAUACACUUGCCCGUGACAGCCAUGUGCCACUGCUCUCAGAUAAAGUGAGGUCCAGUAGUACCAUCAAUUGUGAAGAAAGAAUCAUUCCGAGGUUCUCUGCCAAAAAACCCAGCAAUACUGUAACACAAACCAUGUCAAGUCCGGGUUCCCAACCAUCCAGAAUCGUUCCUGUGUUCAAAGCAAGGAAAGACAGCACACAGACAAAAGGGUUGGGUAAUCAGCCACAGAAGGGCUCGGGUAAAGAAAGACAGAAACAACUAAGUAUAUCACACGGAGUCCAAGAAAGGUCGAGUGUAGCAUCCAAGAUCUCAGAGAUGAUGGUACAAGCACAGGACAAAGCAGAAAAUCCUGCAAAUGUUCCGAUUCCUUCUCCCUCUACACCAUCCAGUAUUAGACCAGUCCACCCUUCUACGCUGUCCAUUACCCAGCCAGUUCACCAAUCAACGUCAUACAUUACCCGGCCAAUCCACCAAUCAACACCAUACAGUACCCGGCCAAUCCACCAAUCAAUGCCGGUCCUAAAAUCACUCCACAGAGCAUCUCUACAAACCACUACACAAAAUAUCCGUCAGACUAAGAGUACAACAACUCGUAAAGCCUUGGGGACUGUUUUACGAUGUGAGACCGGAAAAUAUAUCAAUGACCUCCAUAGUCAGAAACCAGUUCCAGGAUCAGUGGACCUUGAUUCAGAUGACGAAUUCAUUCAGUCCCUUGAUGUAUAUGUGAAAAAGAGAAUUACAAACGAGACAUUCGACAGCGGAGUCUCCUUAACGAAGAAACCCCGGACCAAGCCUACGAUACAGAAUGUGGACGUUGAGGCUCUGGCGAGAGAGGAACAGUUAAACAAAGUGAACAACAUUACAUUGAUGACGUGGCUGAAGAACAGAGGUAUACAGUGUAAGAGUAGAGAUAGAAGACAGGAUCUGGUGACGAAAAUUCUCACUGCUCUCAAUGUUCGCCUCAGUGAACAGUGAUUGUCAAACUGGUUAUAUGGAAAACAUCCAAAUAAACAGCAUAUUUUUCAAUCUUAA